AUGUCCUCGCAACCGACUGGUAAGACUGAUUUCGAGAGCAAUCAAAAGACCAGCCGUACACGAUAUGACAAGUAUGCUCUCCCGUGUGUGGCUGAGUUUUUCGGGACAGCACUGUUUGUGUUUACUGGAUGCGCAUCCGUGAUCGAAAAUUGCAGCGGAGUGGGAAGACUGCAGCCUGCCUUAGCCCAUGGUGUUGCACUGUCCAUCUCCGUGGCUAUCACCGCUGGAGUAAGUGGAGGUCACAUGAACCCUGCUGUAACUCUGGGUGUCACCUUGGCUGGGGGUUUGGACAUAAUCUUGCUGGUGCCUUACUGGGCAGCUCAGUUCUGUGGAGCACUGGUGGGAGCUGGACUAGCUAAGGCUGUUUCGUCGCAUGAGCACUUUGUUAAUGCAUCGGGAGGUGCCUUCAGCUCUAUUGCGGAUAAUGGACAGGUUGGCAGGGCUGUGGUGGCAGAGAUUGUCAUGACAUUUUACCUGGUGCUGACAGUGUGCAUGAGUGCUAUCAACCGACAGAGCAGAACGUCACUCGCACCCUUCUGCAUUGGACUCACAGUCUCUGUUGGCAUCCUUGGAGCUGGUGGUGUAUCGGGAGGCUGUCUGAAUCCUGCUCGUGCCCUGGGUCCAGCUGUAGUAGCAAACUACUGGGCUUAUCACUGGGUAUACUGGGUGGGCCCUCUGGUGGCUGCAGUUCUAGUCGGCAUUGUGCUCAGGACCCUGUUGGGAGAUCCAAAAAUUCGACUAACCUUCAGAAAGCCCUGA